AGCACAGUUUUCAAUCAGGACAGCAAAUCAGGAGUGUCUUCAUGAAGUCCACAGGCUGCAGCAGGACACUUUGAUCCUGAUCCUCCAACACUCAGGGAACCUUUGGGGGCACAGGAAGGUGCGUUCUCUAUGGUGGAGAUGAGCCUGGAUCCUGUGCAGGUGAUAAGUGGGCGGGUUGGGGAGCUCGAAGUCAACUCGCCGUCCAACGGGGACCCAGCAACACCGUGGGAAGAGAAAGAGGAGUUUGACAAGCAGAAAUCAGUCUCAGAGAGACGAGCCCGGAAAGUGGAGGGGGGCGUGUUCUUCCCCAAACCAGAGAAUGCUGUAACAAUCGCUGUUUCUUCCCGCGUCCUGUUUCGAACUGAGCGUGAGCAGAAGGUGUUUGAGCAGAAAGGAGUCGAGGAGUAUCUGAGAUACCAAAUCGAACACGAGAAUGAACCCUUCGCCCCCGGACCAGCGUUUCCUUUCGUGAAGGCUCUGGAGGCAGUGAACAGUCGCCUGCGAGAGCUUUAUCCACAAAGUGAAGAACUGUUCGACAUUGUUUUGGUGACCUACAACCAUGCACACGUCGGAAUCCGACUUAUUAACACCAUCAACCACCACAACCUGUUCAUUGAGAGGUUUUGUAUGACGGGAGGAAGCAGUCCCAUUGGCUAUCUGAAGGCGUGGCACACCAACCUCUACCUGUCCGCUGAUGCUGACAAGGUCAGAGAGGCGCUGGCUGAAGGGAUCGCAGCAGCCACCAUGUUCAUGCCGGGAAAACUGACAGAAGUGUCACAGUCGCAGCUGAGGGUAGCGUUUGACGGCGACGCCGUCCUCUUCUCCGAUGAGUCAGAGCGGAUCUACAAGGCCCACGGGUUGGACAAGUUCUUUGAACACGAGAAAGAAAACGAGGACACGCUGCUCGACCACGGUCCCCUGAAGGGGUUUCUGGAAGUACUGGGACACCUCCAGAAGAAGUUUUACGCUAAAGGCCAGCGUCUGGACUGCCCCAUCAGGACGUAUUUAGUAACAGCUCGUAGUGCUGCCAGCUCUGGGAUCCGGGCGCUGAAGACUCUCCGGGCAUGGGGAUUGGAAAUUGAUGAGGCCUUAUUCCUUGCAGGGGCACCAAAGGGCCCAAUGUUGGAGAAGAUCAGGCCACACAUCUACUUUGAUGAUCAGAUGUUUCAUGUGGAGGGAGCAGCAGAGAUGGGCACGAUUGCUGCCCAUGUGCCAUAUGGCAUCGCACAAAAUCAUACCACAAAGAAAACCACUGUGAGAAAAUAAGACCUCUGGAUGGAAGUAGACCAGUAGUUGAGGG